AUGCCUGAGAAGGAUUCCGCUCCAAUUCCCUCUGCCCGGCACCGCUCAAGCACGUCGCUGCAUUUGUUUGACCGGUUGUGUCACAGUUCUAACAUAGGGUUGGCUAGGCGACAACAAGGAGACGCGAUUCCGCCGCGAGUUCACUUCCCCACUGGCCGGAUCGGCGAGGCUCACGCAGUUGUCUUCCUGGGCAGUGAUGAGAGCUCAUUCGUGAAACGCCACGGAUUUCGCGGUGGAUGGCGGUCUCACAAAGGCGUAUGUGACAACUGCGGGCCCCGCGACCGAGGCGCCCAAAAACCUGGUUGGUCCAUAGAUCGGGGAAUUAUUCUUUGA